AACCUAGCGCUGGCAAGAAGUUAGUUCCUGCUCUACGCUGGCCGUUUCCUGUAAUCGUACAGUGUUGUGAGACGGAGAAAGCCAUGUGUGUCGAUGCAAAGAGCAUCAAUACACACAUUUAUUGAUGGAUCUCUUAGUGUUCACUCCAACCAAAGAAGCAAAAAGUAAUUCAAGAGAGUAGGAGAGGAUAGAGGGGAGGAAGAGAGAGAGAGUGAAGGAGGGUAAACCGGUGGACUCUCUUUUCCUGUUCCUCACUCCCUGAUCAUUAAUUUCAGCAUACCUACAGAAUCUCUUCGGACUUGUUGGAUGUUUUUGUACGGACACUGGAUAUCACACAUUCUUUGCUUUUUUUCACAAACUAUUUAACAAUAUGGCAGACCCUAUUAUGGACCUCUUUGAUGACACACCACUGUUCAAUUUGGAUUCCCUGCCUGAGGAUGCGUUCUCCCAGGGCUCCUCAGACCCAGUUGAGGAGGCGCUAAAGUUGGCACUGGGCCAAGUGGACCCACCUAUGGACCCCACACCGGAUCUUGGUGUCCCUGUGCUCAGUGAUGUUGUCACAGUUCCUACACCUGUCGCAACUCCUGUUUCCGUCCCUCUGCAGACCCUUCCAACACAGCAGCCCACCCAGAUGUCGCAUGAAGUCUCUCUUAACCCGGCUCAGAUUUCAGUUCAGCCCUCUCUCUCGGUGGCCAGUAACAGCAGUGGUGCGGCAACGGUCCUGCUGAGCUCCCCCCUUGGAGUACCUGUGUCAGGGGCUCAAGUCGCUACCCAGCAGCUGCACACUCAGCAAAUCGCUGCGGUUACGCAACAGGCGGCAGGGCAGUCUGCUCCAAAAAUUGUAAUUCUGAAAGGCCCUCAGGGUCAGACUCAAGUGCUGCAGGGUGUCACAGGAGCCACAGGCUCUCCAGGUAAAUUCACUCUCUCUCGAGUUCUGACAGGGACCCCUCUUAGGCCAGGGAUGACAGUUGUUUCUGGGGGGACAGUAUUAAAUGCCACAUCUCCUGGUCAGGGGCAGGUCAAAGUGGGCACUGGAGUGCAAAGACUUGUUCAGACUUCAAAUGGCCCGAUGAAGCAGGUGUUACUGACCUCAAUGCCCCAGACCCAAUCGCAGGUGCAGUCACCAUCACAGUCAGCACAGAUUCAGGCGCAGGUGCAGCCUCAGACACAGAUGGCAUUACAAACCCCAGUACAAACACAGACCCAAGCGUCAACCGUUACAUCCCCUGGAACGACAGCAGCGGCCGUCCGACCUCAAGGUGUCACCCUUUCAGCAGUGCCACAGCAGAAUCCUAAUAGCUAUUUCUCUAUUCAGGGUGAAGCAAAGAGGAUCACUCUGGUGCUACAGCAGCCCUCGCAAGGUGGAGCUGGCCAGACUGGGAUGGUGACAUUAGGGGGAACCUCAGCUGCAGGGGUGGGUCAGCAGGGCCAGCAGCACAGGCUGGUGUUGGGUUCUCUGCCAGGGAAGUUGGUCCUGCAGGGAGGCCAGCUGGCAGCUCUCGCCCAAGCUAAGGCGGGUCAAACGGGUGCACAGCCGAAAGUCCUCACUAUUCAGCUGCAAGUUCAACAGCAGCCCAACCAACAGGGAGCCAAGUUUCAAUUGGUUUCUGGGGCAGCUAAUAUUGGUGGCAGCCCUCAGGUGGUGCAGAUUUCUCAAGGCCAAGGAGGACAAAGACUAGCAGUACCUCUUAAACUACUGCUGCAGCCACAGUCAAACACUGUUUCCAGUGCUGGUGGAGCUGUUUCUGUGGUUAAAGUUAUCAAUACCUCAGCUGGCGGCUCUGCGUCCUGCACCACCACUACAGCUGCGUCUUCCGGUGUGCGUUUGGUGAAGGCCCAGGAGCCCGUGCGGAAAGUAGAAACCCUGUGCAAGCAGGAGAAAGCAAAUCGCAUUGUUGCUGAGGCCAUCGCACGAGCCAAAGCCAGAGGCGAAAGGAACAUCCCCCGUGUGCUCAACCAGGACGAACUGCCUGCCGGACAGACCUCAGCAGACCUAGAGGGCGUUGCAGGGGCUGCUGGAGCAAAAAAGAAAGGUGGUGGUGGUAGUAGUGGAGGGAGCAAGAAGAAAAGCCCAAGUGUGGGAGGAGGGAAAGUGGUGGUGGGAGGAGACAAGAAAUCCAAGGCGAAGACUCCAGGAGUGGUUGCUGGAGGUGGAGGCAGUAAAAGUAAAUCCAAGACUAAGCUCAACACCAUUACGCUAGUGGGUGGUAAGAAAAGGAAAAGAAAUCCAUCCUCUGACCACUCAGAUGUAGAUCUAAGCCCACCUGUUUCGCCUCGCACACUGGAGGAAGAAAUGUCACAGAAGCGGCGUUCUAACCGUCAGGUGAAGCGGAAGAAGUACACAGAGGAUUUGGACAUUAAAAUCACAGAUGAUGAAGACGAAAUGGAUGCAGACGUUGAUGUGACCACAACUCCUGUGUCUGCUCCAGGGCAUGUCCAGUCCAUGGGAGUGGAACUACAGCAGGAGCUGGAUGGAGACGGUCUUCCAAGCAUGCAGUUUUUUGUGGAGAAUCCAAGUGAGGAGGAUGCUGCUAUUGUGGAUAAAAUAUUGUCUAUGCGACUGGCCAAAAAGGAGGUGUCUCCAGGGCAGUAUACUAAUGUGGAGGAAUUUUUUGUCAAAUAUAAAAACUACUCAUACAUGCACUGUGAAUGGGCCAGUCUUGAGCAGCUGGAGAGAGACAAGAGGAUCCAUCAAAAGAUGAAACGAUUCAAGACAAAACAUGCACAAAUGAGGAACCUAUUCCAAGAGGAGGAGGAACCUUUCAAUCCAGACUAUGUAGAGGUUGAUCGAAUUUUGGAUGAGUCACAUAGUGUUGAUAAAGACAAUGGGGAGCCGGUUGUGUACUACCUGGUGAAGUGGUGCUCUCUGCCCUAUGAAGAUGCUACUUGGGAGCUAAAGGAGGAUGUUGAUGAGGGCAAAGUGGAAGAAUUCAGGAAGAUUGAAAGUCGCCAGCCCAGACUCAAGAGAACUCCUCGACCUGCUGCAAGUGCCUGGAAGAAGCUUGAUGAGUGCAGAGAGUAUAAGAAUGGAAACCAGCUCAGAGAGUACCAGCUGGAGGGAGUUAACUGGCUGCUCUUUAACUGGUACAACAGGCAAAACUGCAUUCUGGCAGAUGAGAUGGGUCUGGGGAAGACUAUUCAGUCCAUAGCCCUGUUAUCAGAGGAGUAUGCUACAGGGGUCCAGGGGCCAUUUCUUAUCAUUGCCCCUCUUUCCACUAUCACAAACUGGGAAAGAGAGUUUUCCACUUGGACUGACAUGAAUGCUAUAGUUUACCACGGCAGUCUGGCCAGUAGACAGAUGAUCCAGCAGUAUGAAAUGUACUGCAAAGAUGACAAGGGACACUUUAUACCAGGGGCCUAUAGGUUUGAUGCUCUGAUCACAACCUUUGAGAUGAUUUUAUCAGACUGCCCAGAGCUGAGAGAAAUUUCUUGGCGCUGCGUAAUUAUUGAUGAAGCUCAUCGUUUGAAGAACAGAAACUGCAAACUUCUCGACAGCCUCAAGAUGCUUGACCUUGAGCAUAAAGUGUUGCUGACAGGCACUCCACUUCAAAACACAGUAGAGGAGCUGUUCAGUCUGUUGCACUUUCUGGAACCAGCCCAGUUUCCCUCUGAGAUAGAGUUUUUGCGCGAGUUUGGAGAUCUUAAAACUGAGGAGCAGGUCCAGAAACUGCAGUCAAUUCUGAAGCCCAUGAUGCUGCGUAGACUGAAAGAAGACGUAGAAAAGAACCUCGCCCCAAAACAAGAAACCAUUAUUGAGGUGGAGUUGACUGAUGUACAGAAGAAGUAUUACCGAGCUAUUUUAGAGCGUAACUUCAGCUUCCUUAGCAUGGGAGCCACACACAACAGCAAUGUACCGAAUCUCCUCAAUACAAUGAUGGAACUUCGAAAGUGCUGCAACCACCCGUACCUCAUUACAGGUGCUGAGGAGAAGAUAGUGGCUGAGCUGAGGGCGGUAUAUGAUCCUAUGGCUUCAGACUUUCAUCUCCAGGCUCUGGUGCGCUCUGCAGGGAAACUGGUCUUGCUGGAUAAGCUACUUCCUCGCCUCAAAGCUGGCGGGCACAAAGUACUCAUCUUUUCCCAGAUGGUGCGGUGCCUCGACAUCCUUGAGGACUACCUCAUACACAAAAGAUACCUGUAUGAGCGCAUUGACGGGCGGGUCAGAGGAAACCUGCGACAGGCAGCCAUCGAUCGGUUCAGUAAACCUGAUUCAGACCGGUUUGUCUUCCUACUUUGUACCCGGGCUGGAGGUUUGGGCAUUAAUUUGACUGCUGCUGACACCUGUGUCAUUUUCGACUCUGACUGGAACCCACAGAAUGAUCUUCAAGCUCAAGCACGUUGUCACCGCAUUGGUCAGUCUAAAGCGGUAAAGGUGUAUCGUCUCAUUACCAGAAACUCCUAUGAGAGGGAGAUGUUGGACAAAGCCAGUCUUAAAUUGGGGCUUGAUCGAGCCGUUCUGCAAAGCAUGAGCGGAAACAAAGACAACAGUGUUAACGGGAUCCAGCAGUUCUCCAAGAAGGAGAUAGAAGAUUUGCUUCGUAAAGGUGCUUAUGCAGCCAUAAUGGAUGAGAAUGACGAGGGCAGUCGUUUCUGUGAGGAGGACAUCGAUCAGAUACUUCAGAGAAGAGCAACUACCAUCACUAUAGAAAGUGAAGGCAAAGGAUCCACCUUCUCCAAGGCCAGCUUUGUGGCGUCUGAGAACCGCACAGAUAUUGCUCUGGAUGAUCCCGAGUUCUGGCAGAAGUGGGCCAAGAAAGCAGACAUUGACAUGGACACUUUCAACAGGAAG